AUGCGAUCAUCGAUGGAACAGUUCCCGGACCACGUAGAGCCCACAGAUGCGCAAUCGUCAUACAAGUAUUCUGCAAGCCCAACGCGUAAUGGGAACGGGUAUUCAAAUGGCGCGCCAUCUCUCGACCGGUGGCAGCCGCGAAGAGAUAGUGGUGUACGAGGAAGCGCUUGGGGCAAUGGAUCAACGAGUACAGGAGGCAGAGGACAUGAUAGACAAAAGAGCUUGAGCGAUGCUUUCAGGACGAUACGAGGGAGAGGAGGGAGUGUGAGCGCAAAUGUUCAUGAGAUAGGCGAUGCGUUGAAAGCACCUGUCUCGCCCAAAUUAGUUAUUCUUUGUAUUAUCUGGUAUCUCUCGAGCGCACUUACGAAUACGUCUUCUAAAUCCAUUCUUAAUGCUUUCCCCAAGCCGGCGACUCUCACAAUGAUCCAAUUCGCAUUUGUCGCAUCAUUCUGCCUCUUCUUCUCCUGGCUGUCGACGGUAUUUCCAAAUCUGAAAAGUUCAGUACCUGCUUUAAGACACGGCAUACGAUAUCCUACACGCGAAGUAAUUGUAACAACUAUGCCCUUGGCCGCAUUUCAAAUCGGAGGACAUCUACUCUCUUCCACGGCCACCGCCAAAAUUCCCGUAUCUCUAGUACAUACUAUUAAAGGACUUUCUCCGCUCUUCACAGUCUUCGCCUAUCGUCUUAUAUUCGACAUUCGCUACCCUCUUACGACGUAUCUUUCUCUUAUCCCUCUUACCUUGGGUGUAAUGCUGGCAUGCUCUGCCGAGUUUAAAGGCAAUAUAUUUGGCAUUCUUUAUGCCUUCCUCGCCGCGAUUAUCUUUGUUACUCAGAACAUAUUCUCGAAACGCCUCUUCAAUGAAGCAGCCGCAGCAGAGGCUGCUGGUCAACAUACGCAUACAAAGAAAUUGGAUAAACUUAAUCUCUUAUGCUAUUCGUCUGGAAUGGCGUUCCUUCUAACAGCUCCAAUCUGGUUCUGGUCGGAAGGAUUGACGCUUAUUCUCGAUUUCCUCUCCUCGGGAACCGUGGAUCUUACUCAAAAGAAAGGUACUUUCGACCACGGUCGUCUAGCACUUGAAUUCAUCUUCAAUGGAACAUUCCAUUUCGGACAAAACAUCAUAGCCUUUGUCCUCCUCUCCAUGGUGUCUCCAGUCACAUAUUCCGUCGCCUCCUUAAUUAAGCGAGUCUUUGUCGUCGUAAUAGCCAUAAUCUGGUUUCAAAACCCCACCACCAAAAUCCAAGGUCUCGGCAUCGCCCUAACCUUCUUUGGGCUCUACCUCUACGACCGCACCAACGAAAACAACAAAAAAGCAGACCGCAAAGCCGCAAACCUAAACAUAAAAUCUGAGUCCCUCCUCCCAACGUCCAAUACCUCCUCAAGUCGUAAUCAAAGCGUCAUCUUCGAGUCCCCCACUGCCACCUCCAACAUCCGUGGCUUCUCAAACGGCUACGCCCUCUCCCACUCCAUCCCCUCCGACGACAAGAGAUCCGACGAUCCACCCGGUCGAGGCGGCCGCGCUCGCGGCACGAGUAAUGCAUCCUGGCUUCCGCCGGGAACGAGACAGGAAGAAACAUGGAGACCGAGGGAAAGUAGUCUGAUUAACGUGAAGGAGAAUAAGCUUUCUGUAAAUUAG